AUGGCGCAGCGCCCCGGCUUCGAUGGCACGUGGCGGUGGGCAGACCCAGGCCUGCCGCGAAGUUCUGCGAAGGGAAAGAAUUUCGGGGGGAUGUUUUGGAGGGGUCUUGGCUGGUUUUGGGGUUCAAAGUCGAACACGCGCGUGCGCCAGUUUCGAAACUCAGCAGCAGACCCCGGCAGAUCCCAUGAAGAUCCGCGUGCAGGCAACUCGGGAGGGCUUCCGGCCGCGAGCCCUUGGCGGCGCACCAUCGAGGCCUCGCGGUCUGCGCGAUCCUGUUCUGUGGGUUCCUUGGAGGUUCGCGGGUUUGCGGGGUAG